CCUCUCUCUCUCUCUCUGCUUUUUUCCCUUUUUUUCUCUUACUCUCUCUGCUUCUUCUUGUGGGACAAACCCUAAUAAUUUGCAUCGAAUCCUCUCCACUUUCCCGCUCAAUCAUCUGAUGUUUCCCUCUCUCGCAAUGCAUGAUCUUCGAUUUUGUAGCAGUGUUGUGAGCUGAAAUUCGAGGGAUUUUUUUACAAUCGAGAAAAAAAAAACAAAUUAGAGAAGAAGAAGAAAAAUGCUGGAAACUGUGGAUAGCUCCGGGAUCGUCAAUGGAGGAUUCCCUCAGAUUCAGAGCUUAUGUGGCGAGAGCAGUAGCGAAGAAGAGUUAUCAGUUUUGCCACGUCAUACUAAAGUGGUCGUCACCGGAAACAACCGUACCAAAUCGGUCCUCGUUGGUCUUCAAGGUGUUGUCAAAAAAGCUGUCGGUCUCGGUGGUUGGCAUUGGCUGGUUUUGACAAAUGGAAUAGAAGUAAAGUUGCAGAGGAAUGCGCUUAGUGUCAUUGAAGCUCCUACUGGAAACGAAGAAGACGAUGAUCUAGAUUUCGAAAACACGCAGAGGAAUUGCUCCGAUAUGAUUGUUUCUUUUCCAGCAUCUGAGGACACACUGAAGCCUCAUAAGUCGAAACCAAGAGCGCAGAGAUCAUCGCGGUCAUCUCACAAGACUAUGAGCAGGUCUCUAUCAUCUGACUCACAAUCAAAAAGCUCGGGUUUUACUCCUCCUGAAAACUUGAAGGUUGAUCUUAGCAAACUGGAAAUGCCUGCUUUACUGAAGUAUUGGCGACAUUUCAACCUCGUGGAUGCAAUUCCUAAUCCAUCAAAGGAACAACUAAUUGACAUCGUUCAGAGGCACUUCAUGUCUCAGCAAAUGGAUGAGCUUCAAGUUAUUGUUGGGUUUGUCCAAGCUGCAAAGAGAAUGAAGAAGGCCUGCAAGUUGCAAUCAAAGGAAGCCAGAAACACUGAUCUUAACUGCAUCAGCUAAAAGAAAAGCCCUGACUUUUUAACAGAUCAUGUAAGUACGGUUUGCCGCCGACUUGUUUAACCAUUUGUGGCUUGCUGCUAGUUUUUAGUUAUUUCUGGAGAUGUUUGGCUAAAGAGUAGAUGCUGUUUCCUCUUGCUUCUGUUGUUUAGCUAUGUAAGUACCCCAUCAAGACACCAAAUGACCAUGAAACCAUGAAACAUGACUCUCUAAAGCUCCCUAUUGAAACUCUCUGUUCUGAUCCGAUCUGGAUAGAUAUUGGUAUGUUAGAAUGUAAAUAUGUUUUGAUAUGACUUCUCUCAGCUCUUAUUUCUUUUUCAUACUUAAAAGUCAAAAUCAAAUUCAAUGUUUAAACUGAAAAACAG